AUGAAUCCAAGUGGUGCUUCUAAGCAAGAUAUUAUGAUUCAAGCCAAAAUGUUACUAACACAAGAUAAAAGUUAUAAGAAAGGUUUCAGAUUUGAUAAUGUGUGGCCUAUACUUAAAGAUAUUGAAAAAUUUACAGAUAAUGUUAACGCCACAGAAGCAUUUCAAAGGCAAACCGGUAGUUUUGUAUCACAAGAAUCAGAGACUCCCACUUCAAAGUCUCCUCAAUUGGUGUCUUGUGACAUGUCGUCAUAUUCUCUAAACAUAAAUGAUGAAGAUAUUGGGGAUAGUUCAGCUCAACGACCCAUUGGAGUGAAGAAAGCAAAAUUAAAAAGGAAAAAUGAUGAAGAAGUUUCAAACCAAAUUGAAACUAUUCAAGAAGAAAAUCGACAGCUUGCUGCUAUUUUCAAUCGAGUGUUGGCGAUUGGAGAUGUCCUUAGCAAUAUAACAUUCACCAAAUCAAAGAAGUGCAGUGAAAAAAAUUCAAAAACUGUCGGAGCUCUCUAA